AAGCCCGAUCCCCGGUUCUAGAAACACGGAGGAGCUUGCUCUGGCCAUCGCAGAUAACGCCGAGCUCGCCAAGCAUCGUCGUGCCUUCGCCUGCCGUUGCUGCCCUCGCAACAACUCGCCCAGCAAAAAGCAGAGGUAGAAGCUUCCAUGGCGACCAUAGCCACGAUGGCCUUGCUCAAGCCCGCCAAGAUCGUGGCGCGGUCGGCGCUGCCGCCGUCCACCAGCGGCGGCGUCUCUCUACGCAGCCUGGCGCCCAAGAAGCAGAGCGCGCUGGCGGUGUCGUCGUCACCCGCGGCGGCGGCGAUGGCGGGCGCCUUCUUCCACGCGCUGGCGUCGUCGGACGCGGCGCUGGCGGCGCAGCGGGUCGCCGACGUGGCGGCGGCGGACGCGGGCAGCGACAACCGGGGCCAGCUGCUGCUGUUCGUGGUGGCGCCCGCCAUCGGGUGGGUGCUCUACAACAUCCUGCAGCCGGCGCUGAACCAGCUCAACCGCAUGCGCAGCCAGGCGGUCAUCGCCGGCGUGGGCCUCGGCGCCGCCGCCACCGCCGCGGGGAUGGCGUGCGCGCCCGAAGCCUCGGCCGCUGUCCAGGACCUCGCCGCGCUGGCGGCCGCCGCGGCUGCCCCCGCCGACGACAACCGGGGCCUGCUGCUGCUCAUCGUCGUCGCGCCCGCCAUUGGGUGGGUUCUCUUCAACAUCCUCCAGCCCGCGCUCAACCAGCUCAACCGCAUGCGGUCCGACUGAGCGAGCUCUCUUGCCAAGCACCUGCAGUGCGUGUGCGUUCGUGUGUAUUAAAAUUAAGGAUGGUAGUAACGUGAAUCGCGGUCUGCGUGCCCUGUGUUUCGAUGCAAGUUCUUGAACAAAUGCAGUACAGCUCUUUCUUCUCCA